AUGGACGGAGGGCUUCCCGGGCUCAGGCAGAACACACCUGGUGCUGGUGGUGUGACACAAGAAAUAAAGGUCGCCCCGGAGCCUUUCAACAUGAACCAAAACCCUGCAGUGGUUCUGCCCCUGCUCUCUGAGAAUCAGAUGCUUGUGUGGGUGCACCUGAACCAGAUCGACCUACAGCUGGACGGUGUAGCAGAGCUCGACAAGGCCUUUGACGUCUUCCCGUAUCUAACACAGAAAGAGACCGCUGUGCUGGCGCAGCGCUGCUCCCUGCACCCAGACCAGGUGAAGGAGUGGUUCAUGGCACAGAGGCUCCGCUAUGGCAUUAGCUGGGACUGCGAAGACAUCCAAGAGGUUCAGAGGAAGUUCAGUCAGAUUCGGGGAAAGAAAGAGCUGCAAACCCAAACUACCCAAAACAAGAUGCGGGAAGAGGUAAAAGAGGAGACAAGCGAGAAGAAGGAACAGAAGAGAGGGGUAAAACAAUCUAGAAGGAAGAAGGCGGGAAAGGUCCUGGAGAGCUCUAAACCAGGAGGAAAUGGGAGGGCUAUUGAGCGACUGGAGAGUCAAAUGAUGCAGGAGCUACCAAAGAACAAAGGGGAGGAUAGUGAAGUGGAGACUCCUGUGGACGUCAGAGAGAAUACUCAGAAAAGGCGCAAAAGGAAUGCCGUGACAAACAAGAUUGAAGAGACGAUGGAAGACGAUGACGGUGUCCCGGAGAGAGACAGAGAGGGCGAGUCAGAGACAACAUGUUUAACUAGAGAGAAGAGGGCCACGCUGCGGUUGGCUUUCUCUGCCUGCCAGUAUCCAAACGGAAGUGAGUACGAACACCUGGUGAGGACGAUCUGCAUCCCUCGGCAAACGUUGGUGCAGUGGUUCAGCGACACACGCUAUUACAUAAAGAAGGUAAAGCCACGCUGGAUGAAGCAGGAGCAGCACAGCCAGGCGGUGGCCAACAUCAGGUACCGGCAGUGCCUGAAGGAGCUGGCCAAGGAGCAGCUGAGACCAAGGAAACGCAACUUCGAAGAGGAAGCUUGA